GGUCACCUCCCAAUGGAUUCACCGGGCUUUCUUCUCGUCUUCUUUCUCCUCCCGAUGUUCUUGUGCUUUCAUGGCGGAGCACCGGAUCUGGAGGCCGACAGAGCUGCGCUCCUGGCCUUCCAAGCUGCCGUGGGGCGGGGGGCGCUGCCGUGGAACGGGUCGGCGACGCCGUGCUCGUGGGUGGGCGUGAUUUGCCACGGCGGCCGCGUCACCGGGAUCCGGCUCCCGGCUACCGGUCUCGUGGGCGAGAUCCCUGCCGGAACUGUCGGCAACCUCACCGCCCUCCAGUUGGUCAGCCUCCGCCUCAACGCCCUCUCCGGGCCCCUCCCGCCGGACCUCGCUGACUGCAAGGAGCUCCGGAUGGUCUACCUCCAGGGGAACCGCUUCUCCGGCGCGAUCCCCGCCGGCCUGUUCUCUCUCGACAAGCUGGUUCGAGUCAAUCUCGCCACCAACAACUUCACCGGCGGGAUCUCUUCAGGUUUCAACAACCUCACCCGCCUCGAGAUGCUCUACCUGGAGCGCAACCGGCUCUCCGGCGAGAUCCCCGACCUCGACCUCCCGAUGCUCGUCCAGUUCAACGUCUCCUUCAACCCGCUCAACGGAUCCAUCCCUGUGGGGCUCCGCCGGAUAUCGUCGGACGCGUUCCUGGGCACUGGCCUCUGCGGGGGCCCGCUGGGCACGUGCCCAGGGGAGAACUCAUCAACGUCGCCGGCGCCGGUGCUCAAUGCCAGCGGCGGGAGCGAGAAGAACAAGCUCUCCGGUGGUGCGAUCGCCGGGAUCGUGAUCGGCGCCGUCGUCGGGUUGAUGAUCGUCGCCGCUCUCUUCAUCAUCCUCUGCCGGAGGGGCGGAGGGAGCAGGAUGGCGGCGGCGGGGAGGAAGUCGCCGGAGUCUGUGAUGGCGUUGAGGGGCAACGGGGCAGUCGAGAACGGGAAUGCGGCGCCUGCGGCGGCGGCGGCGGCGGCGGCGGCGCGCGGGAGUGGGUAUGGGAAGAGCCUGGUGUUCUUGAGGCCAGGGACGGAUGUGUACGAUCUGGAGGAUUUGCUGAGGGCGUCGGCGGAGGUGUUGGGGAAGGGAACGACGGGGACGACGUACAAGGCAAUGCUAGAGAUGGGGAUGGCGGUGGCUGUGAAGAGGCUCAAGGACGUCAACCUCCCGGAGGGGGAGUUCUGGGAGAAGGUCGAAGCCAUCGUCGCGAUGGACCACCGGAACUUGGUGCCACUGCAGGCAUUUUACUGCAGCAAGGAUGAGAGGCUUCUUGUCUAUGAUUACAUUCCAAUGGGAAGCCUCUCCUCUAUUCUCCAUGGGAAUAGAGGAGCUCUUCAGACCCCUCUUGACUGGGAGACAAGAUCUGGCAUUGCCCUUGAUGCAGCCCGAGGCAUCGAAUACAUCCACUCCAUGGGCCCUGGAGUAUCACAUGGCAACAUCAAGUCCUCCAACAUCCUCUUGGACAAAUCAUUCGAGGCCCAUGUCUCCGACCAUGGCCUUGCUAAUCUCGUGAGCCCCUCCACCACGCCCUGUCAUGCUGCCGGCUACUGUGCACCAGAGGUCACCGAUGCCCGAAGGGUCUCGCAGAAAGCUGAAGUGUACAGUUUCGGUGUGCUCCUACUGGAACUGCUUACAGGCAGGUCCCCAACGCAGGCUUUCCAUGAUGAGGAGGGCACCAAUCUGCCAAAGUGGGUUCGAUCAGUUGUCCGAGAGGAUUGGAUUUCAGAGGUGUUUGAUCUUGAGCUUCUAAGGUACCAGAAUCUGAAGGAGGAGAUGGUACAGCUGUUGCAGCUGGCCAUAGAUUGUGCUGCGCGGUACCCGGACAAGCGACCAUCGAUGUCAGAGGUGGUGAUCCGGAUUGAGGAGAUCCGCAGAUCGAGCUUAGCAUCUACGAAGAGAAGCCAUCAUCAGGAUCACCAUGCAAUUGAUGAUAUGCUGAUGACCAAUCAUCUAAACCCACUGAUUCCAUUGAGGAGUUCAGACUUCACAGCAUUGAUUCUUGACUGAAACAAUGCGCAAGCAAUUUUUGCUAUCGUUGCCAAAAUUUAUUCAUGGAUGGAUGAACCAGAUAUCGGUUGUUUACCUGUUUUUCCAUGGGAGUAAAGAUGUGGUUAUGUUCUUUCAUACCUUUUGUUUUUAAGAUGGUUUAUGUGGAUUUUUUGGAUGUUCCUUAAUUUGUUAAUUUUUUCCAAACAAUUUGAGUUUUAGAUAAUUAUUGGACGAGUAACUUGGCUCGAACCUCUUGAUGUUUC